GGGGGGGAGCCCGCGCGGCGGGGCCCCACGCAGAUCCGAACGGGACCUCGCCGUCCCUGUGCGUCUGCGACGUGUGCUUGUGGUCGCCACUUUCGAAUUUAGCGGCUACCACACCCUCACUCCAUCAGCCUAUCUCUCCCUCGGCGGGUUGGCAACGCGCACCCGCAAGCAGUGUGAGAAUUCGGGUUGCAAUUGUAAGCGGUCCGUAGCCAGUUCGGCUCAAACUAUCCUGGCUCGAGUGGAGGUCAAACGCGAGCACUACAGUUUUGCCGGGAUCAAGUGUUGAGCGCUGGCAAGAAUGCGGGCAGUGUUGUUGACCUCGUUCUUAUCGUUCGCACGGACGCAGGAUGACAUGCCAGAUAUGAGUUCCAUGAUGGGCGGCUUGGGUGGAAACGGCAUGGGUGGAAUGGGUGACAUGGCGUCUAUGAUGGGCAGUAUGGGUGGAGGAGGUGGUGGCAUGGGUGGCAUGGGUGACCUUGCAUCUAUGAUGGGAGGCAUGGGUGGAGGAGGCGGCAUGGGUGGUAUGCCUGGGAUGGGCGGCGGUGGCGGUGGUGGUGAACCGCCUCCAGAGCCUUUCCCAGCCGUCAAGUCCGAUGUUAAGUUCAUUGUUUGUUCAACUUGCAAAGCAUUAGCUAGGAAACUGCAUGCGGAGUCGUCCAAAUGGGGCUCAGCGAUCACAGGAAGUGAGGAGGCCAUCGCUGGCAAAGUGGCUGAGAUGUGCGAAACAGCCUCCGAGGCGGGCUCCUGGAUCACUGAGUAUGAUAUGGUGGAGAGUAGUGAUGGUAAGGCAAUCAACCUUAAGCGGCACUCGCAGAAAGGCGAGUGCGAGGUUGAAUGCAACACGAUCAAGCAGGCUUGCAAAGACGUGCUGCAGGAAGCUGACAUUGAGGUCGCAUCAGCUCUCUACAAGGCUUUCAAGAAGAAACAACCCUUGGACGCAAAAGCCUUGACCGCAAAGAUGUGCACAUCGGAUGAUGCUGCGGCUGCAAAUAUGGUCGGUGGAUGUGCUACCAAGAGACCGAAGAUCCCGAAGAACAGAAAGGCGGGCCCGGCCUUCAGAGUGAAAGAGUUGCCCCCCGACAUUUCUAAAAUGGACGUAUCCUUGGUGCCAACUCCGGCCCCAGAAGACAACGGUAAGCCAGAUGCUUCCGCAUCGGGGGAAGCCAAGGAAGAGUUGUGAUCAAUAUGUUUGACAGUGCGGGUGUGUGUCUGUGUUUUUGGUUUCGCGCCGUUCGUUUGCAAGUUUGCAGCGAUAGGGGCAGCAUGUUACAAUGUAGUGUAGGAUCACCAGUGGAGGUGAGCUUUUUGAAUCAUAUGAUCACUGACUCGUACCGAAGACUGGCACCAGGCAGUAAAAGUAACACAACUCGUUGCCAGUUUUCAUGACUUGAGGUGACCAUUCGGUGUGUGAAUUCCCACGCCCUCUGGUGCCACUCCUUGCGGGGAUCGUCGGUGUGGAUGGG